CACGCAAUUGUACCCAUACACUUUUUUCCCCAUUGUCUCGCCAACACAUCUCCUUCAUGUCGAACGUUGCGCCAAAUCAUUUACCAUUGCAGCUUGCGCACCAAAAGGCCGGAGAUGCUGCGCUCUUCAAGGAACACCACAUGGUGUUGCUCGGGGACCCGUCCUGUCUCCAGCUUGCCACUCAAAGCUGGAUGCAGGGUGCAGGUCAGACCGCGUCCAGCCCAGUGACCACCAAUCAGCCACUCAACUUGGAAAUUCUCGUUGGCCCAGAGCUGCAUCGAGUGUCUGCCACGCGGGUUGACCGGGUUCAUGUCAAGCCCAUUGAGUUGAUUGUAGGUGCACCCGAGGUGGAUGGCAUUGUGAUUGCCUGCGACUCGUCUUGCGACGAUACCAUCCGCAAAGUCGAGCAACUGCUCUUUGUUCUGGCUCAAGUCCGUCAGAGGUCGCUGUUCAAGUGCGGAUUUAUCGUGGACACGCGCUACCCACUGCCGCAACCGAAUGCGCCAACUGGGUGCCUGGGUGCACUCAAGGAGCUGGUCGAGCUGCACGAGUGUCAAUUUUUGGCCUUGCCGACUGCUUCUUCCCUUGACCCGGAAACAAACCCGCUGAUGAACAGGACCAGCCUGGCUCAGAAACACAGCAACCUGAUGACGGAUGGCAACAGCAGCACAGCUGACGGAAGCAGCUUUGACAUGCCUGGAAAUGGCAUCCCUGGCACGAGCAGCCCGAUUUGGUCGCGCAUCUCGGCCUUGCACACUCCGAGUCGUGCACUGCGCGUCCUCGAAGAGAUUGUGCGGACUCUGAGCACCACGAAAAUCACGCUCAAGUCUGAUCGCCGGCUGGUGGGCAAGGCCGUGCUGUUCCGCGACUUGACGCCAAGCUCGCUGUACCCGGUUGUGGCAAUGAAGCAGCCCUUGCAAAGCAUGCCACUGACGUUGGCCAGCUUUGUGGAGGUGCUGCAUGCAUCGCAUCGCACUCGGCGCCUGGUGUUGGCAGCCCCGUCGCACUCGCGGCACUUGUCCCUGGUCAAGCACGUCGCCGGCUUGGUUCCGGGUCGUCAUCGCUCACCAUCCGCCGGUACGGAUGACGGGAGCACUGAGUUGCCGAGCUUAAUGUCCCUGGCCGCUUUGGAAAUUGCAGCCACGCACGGUGGUCGCGACCGAAAGACGGAUGAGUUGGUUGCCGUCCUGGCGACUCUGCCCGAUCAUGUGAACGAGGUUGUCCUGCACGAGCAUUGGUCGUGGGCGACAAUUCAAGGCCUGGCCAAACGGCAGCUACGACAGGGCACUCGGGAAAACAGGCGCAGGUCGGUCGAACGCAAGUCUGCGGCGUUUGCCAAAGCCCAAACCAACGGUGCCGGCGGAGUGUUUGCUGCUCCAGUCGUGCUGAACAAGAAGCUACAGCCCUUAGUCCCCAACGGAAGGAGUCAAAAGGGGCAAGACGCGACGGCAGUCGCACUGGACGUCCCCACGGCCGGGCUGACGCUUCGGGUUGAGUCUGUGCCAGACGUGACGUUUGUGGCGUUAGACUGGCCAGUGUGCACGCCUACGCAUCGUGGAGCCGUCCAACAGGCAGCAGGGCUUCAUCAUGCCCGAGGCAGUGUCGGAUCCGUCUUGUCCGCGUUGCGGCGGCGUGGUUUGAAGGGAAGCCAAAGCCUGAAUGUGAUGGACGCUCCCAAGCAGCUCAGCGCACACCAGACGCAAAGUGCGCCUGAAAUGCCAAACGUUGCCGUGUCAGACUCAACCCUCGACGAGGGUCAUCUGUCGGUAUCGUCACUGGAGGCGGUGAAAUGACGUGGAGUCAGGUUUGGCGCGCAUGCCCGACAUCGGGGUCUCAGAACUCGUCUUCCACCGGCUGCGGACUCGCGUCUCGGGGGCAGUGCUGCUCUCUUGUCGGCUGUGCUGGACGACACGAGUGCGCGGGGCAUUGACGUCCAUGCGCAUCCCAACAAUGCGAGCUUGGAGCCUCGACAGUGGCUGCGUGUCUGCAGGCCGUCUGUGAAAGCGAGACUCUGCUGCAUCUGACACUCCGGGAUUCGCGAAACAGCGUCCCGCUGGGCGAUGCCAUCCUGUCGCAAGCGCUGGACCUGCUGCACGGCCCGCAGGAUCCUGCCGACCCGCUUAGUGAUAUUGCCUUUCGCGGCACGGGGUCGCUCGCUUCUUUGAGUUUGAGCGGAAACAAUCUGGGCGCGUUCGUCCAAUGGGGCCGCUUGUUCUCGCUGAUGCCGCAGCUGGCAACGCUGGAUUUGUCGCGCUGCCAGCUGUCGGGCAACUCUGAUGGCCUGGAACGGCUGUUUGAGGCACUUUCGGAAACAUGUCCGUGCUUAACGUCGCUGUCACUUGCUAGCAACGGACUCACUAGCUUGCCUCGACUCGCGCUGCCGUCCAUUGAGACCGGCAACAUGGCGGAAGAUUGUUCAGAGCCAAAGUCGAGCAGCAACCUGCUUCGCUUGGUUUCUCUGGAUUUGUCACACAACAAACUGACACGCUUGCCAAAGUGGUUGUCACCUCGACCCGCCACAAUGACGCUGCUUCAGCUGACCGGCAAUCCGAUUGAGAAUCUGCACGGCUUGGUGACAGCAACCUUGCCUCAUUGUCUUCUUCGUGUGAAAAACCGAGCCCAUCGGGACCAAGCUGCUGUAGAGACCACCACCAGUGUGCCUGCUGCCGUUAUGUGAAUGAAAUUGCAAAAAACCAAGUGUUGAGAUGAGGCAGUUCAACGAUUGGAUUUACAAAUACAGGUACUCUACCGUGA